CAAGGUUCGCUCUCGUUGGGAAACAUUGCAGUAAAUGAUUGCAGUGUGGGUUACCCAACAGACGCUCUCAGUUUGGAACAGUUGCUGUCGUUCCCCCACACAGGCUGGGAUUGGCACCGAGUUUCCUGGGGCUGCUUAGAGUGCGAUUUGUUUCCCCCCACCCCCACCCCCGAAGGUCUUGCGACGAUGUACCAAAGUAUCUGGUCGUGGAUGGUUUACGUCUUCGGGCUAACAAUGCAGGCACUCUGGUACUGCGAGUACAAUGACAAGGUGAUGGCAGGAAGCCUCAACAAGACCCAGUAUUCUGGCAAGUGGUACUUCAUAAUGAUGGCGGCCGAUUCGGAGAGCUCCUUGCUCAAGUUUGGUGCCGUGGACAGCGCCAUCUUCCUCCUGACCCCGAUGCAGGACAAGGGGAAGCUUCUGCUACGGGGAGAGUUUCGACUCAGCGAUACGCUGAACUGUAUGCCGCGCCAGUGGACCUACCACAUCAGCAACAAGACAGAGGAGAUGGUCCUGGAGGGACGUCCAGACCAAAAGACGGAGAUCUUUGUGAAGGAUGGCAAUGAUUACAUUAUGCUGCUGGAGAUACAGGAUGAAGGAAUGGAAAAAUUCAAGAGGUUGAUGCUUUACGGGAGGUCCCCGUCUUUGACCGACGACAUGCGGAGGGAAGUGGAACAUCGCGCCUACUGCCUGGACCUGACAGCCCACCUCGUGCUGCAGCAAGCCCAGCCUCCGUGCGAGAUUUCCUGAGGCCUUAGGUCCACCUCGGCCAACAAUACCACCCGAGGACAUCCCAAGCGAACAUCUUCAUCCACGCUCGAUGCUCGGCCCCUUGUGGUGUGAAAGGCUCGUUAGCAUUCCCAUUCGUUAGUGAUUAGGUUUUACUGGGCAAAUAAUUUAGGUUUGUUUUUAUUCGGGUACAGAUAUAUUAAAAAAAAGAGCAAAUUCAAA